AAAAAAAGCGUUGAAUUGGUUUAAUGCGAUAAAAAGGUAAUAAAAUGCAUCGACGAAUAAAAUCCAAUCCAGUACGAAAAUAAAAAGGAUGGGAACUCCUUAAUCAGUUUUGAUCUAUAAAGCCCUAAAUUUUUUUUCCAGAUUCUCAAUUUCACAUCCCCAAAUUUCCACUCAGCGAAAUUGCUUGUAGUUUUCCCGGCAUUUGUAAUAAUUUCCUCCAUCAAUGUCAUCAUCAUCGAUGUUCAGCAACAACAACAACAACAACAACAACAACAACAGCAUGUCGAUCUCUGUGUCCGACGAUGAGUCGGACGAACUCGGUCGAAUGCGAGUCCGAGUACGCAGGAAGCGCAAGAAACCCGGGUACCGACUCAAGAACGAGUUCACUCGCCGAGUUUAUAGGAAGCUCGUGAGGUACUGGACCCUCCUGAUCUUUAUCCCAGCUGCUUGCUUGCUUAUCUUUGAGGCCUCUAGGAUCGGUAGGAAAUCCAGUCCGGUGGUCACCACGGAUUACAUUCAAAACCCGAAUUUUGUGGACUCUGAUAGCACUUCGAUAAGUAAAUCGGGCUCUGAAAAGAAAUCGGAAGGGAAUUUGAAUCGGCUUGAUCCCACGACUCGGGUUGUUGGCGGUGUUAGACAACGUUGCUUGAAGCUCCUCUCUCCCGAAGAACUUGAGCAUCUGGAUAUUCCAUCAGGGAACGAGUCUCCUAUUCCUGUUAGUAGAGUAGUAUACAUGUCCGAGAAUGAUUCACCAUUUAUAAGCGGCGCGGCUAUCCUGUCGGGACAACAUACAGAAGCCACAAAAUUUAAUUUAUUUACUGGAAAUCAGACUCUGGAUCAGAGAGAUAAUAGUUUUAAGGUAAAUGAAACUGCUACAUUACAUUGUGGUUUCUACAGUGAAAAUGGAGGCUUUAUAUUUUCUGAUGAAGACAGAAAUUACAUGGAUGAUUGUAAAGUUGUGGUCUCCACUUGUGCGUUUGGUGGUGGAGAUGAUCUUUAUCAACCUAUUGGAAUGUCAGAGGCAUCACUUAGAAAGGUUUGCUACGUUGCAUUUUGGGAUGAAAUUACGGUAGCUUCACAGCAGUUGGCUGGACAUAGAAUUGGUGAUGACGGAUUUAUUGGGAAAUGGCGCAUUGUGGUUGUUAGGGAUCUUCCUUUUUCAGAUCAGAGGUUAAAUGGUAAAAUUCCAAAGAUGUUGGCACAUCGUCUUUUUCCUCAUGCGAAGUACUCUAUUUGGGUAGAUUCAAAGUCACAGUUUAGGAGGGAUCCUUUGGGUGUGUUGGAAGCCCUUCUUUGGCGUUCAAAUUCUGUACUUGCAAUUUCAGAACAUGGAGCUCGUAGCAGUGUAUAUGAUGAGGCAAAGGCUGUUGUCAAGAAAAACAAAGCCAAACCAGAAGAAGUUGAGGUGCAGUUGGCUCAAUAUCGCCAUGAUGGCUUACCAGAGGACAAGAGGUUUAAUGGAAAGAAAGCUCUUGCUGAAGCUUCUGUGAUAGUGAGGGAGCAUACACCAUUGACUAAUAUGUUUAUGUGUCUGUGGUUCAAUGAAGUUGUUCGUUUCACUUCUCGUGAUCAGCUCAGUUUCCCAUACGUAUUAUGGCGGCUGAAAGUGCUCAAGAACAUAAACAUGUUUCCAGUGUGCACCCGCAAGGAUCUUGUUAAUAGCAUGGGCCAUUUACGAAAGGCUAAGCCCCUGAUAAGUCGAUUUGGUGAUACAGAAAUGCUUUAACUAUUUACUAUUUAGUCUUCUACACUCUCCCGCUCAUUUAUUUUUUGUAAGAGGGGAUGAAGGUGUUUAAAAUAGCUAAGAGGCUCUUGUUUUUGGUGCUUGGUGAUUAUUGUACUUUCCGUUUGUUUAUUCUUAAAUGUUUAGCCUUUAUUGUAAUAUAUAUUAUUCUUUUGAAGUUU